AUGACUUGUUGUCGUAAAUUACAGCGCUACGUCUUCUUUAUUCGACAACAUUCUACUUUUGUAUCAAUACUUCUAACUAUUACUGCUUCUGUUGUAAUAUUUCGCAAAGAAUUAACUUAUCAAUUGUAUAUAAAAACACUCAAUUUAGAACCUUACGAAAAUGCUAUCACUAUAUGGAGUAGUGAUUAUCACAUAAGUCCUAUUCAUGAUUUAAAAAAUAUUCUUUCACCUUUGGGUGUUCGAUUUUUUGAUAAAAGUCUGUCAUAUAGUUGUGGACAAACAAGAACAUGUUUUUCUCCUCUUCGUAUAUUGACCAGACACAAUGGAAUGGAUUAUUCAAAUGAAAUCUAUUCUAAAUUUUAUGAAUUUUAUAAAAAUCAAAUUGAAAUGAAUGUAGUUGAUGCAUUUGUUUGUUUUCAUCCUGUAUCUAUGUGUGAAUUAUAUAUGCCAUUUAAUCGAAGUAUUAUUAUUAUUUCAUCAACACGUUAUGAACUUUCAAGAUUUGAACCUCAACAAUGGAACAAAUUAAAUGAAAAUUUGAAAAAAAUUUCUCAAAAUCCAAAAAAUAUUAUAGCCGCAAAUAAUUUAUAUGAUGCAGAAUAUAUUCGCUAUUUCACUGGUAUAAAUGUUACACUUUUACCUAGCUUUUGUAAUUAUACAAAUAGUGAUUAUAAUCCAACACGAGAAGAAUUUUUACUUGCUCCUAUUCAUCUAUUAUAUUUUGAUGCAUUAUUUAAAAAAUUACUUAAAAAAUCUUUAAAUCAAUAUCAAAAACAUAAAAUUAAAAUUGUAUCGAUUAGAAGUAUCUAUCGUAAUUAUAAAUAUUCUGAUUUGACUAAUCAUCCAGCUAUUAUUCAUAUACCUUAUCAAGUUUCCAUAAUGAGUUUCUUUGAACAAUAUCGAAUGAAUAUUCCACUUCUAGCUCCAUCACUUGAUCUUUUGACUACAUGGCAUUAUGAAUAUGGUGUAGUCAAUGAAAAAACUUGGGAUCAAACGUUACAUGGAAUAAGAUCGAAUAGUUCUCGUAUUAAAGGUGUUUUAACAAAUGUACCUGAUCCAAAUAAUGAUUUGGAUCGUAUAUCAAUUCGAUAUUGGUUGAAUUUCUCAGAUUUCUAUCAAUGGCCACAUAUUAUAUAUUAUGAAUCGAUUGAUGAUCUUAUUGAAAAAUUAAUGUCGACAGAUUUUCGAAUGAUUAGUGAAAAAAUGAAGAUAUAUAAUAAACAAGUCGAGAAAACUGUAUUAAAAAAAUGGCAACAUAUAUUAAAUAAUAUAAAGCAAUAUUCAAGAAAAUUUCGCUAA